AUGGCUCCCAAGCGUAAGGCAGACUCUUCUGAUGGUAGUGCAUCAAAGAAAAGAAAGGCCAUCAUCAUGGAAUUUAAAGUGGACAUUAUAAAGCGAUCUGAAAAGGGAGAAACACUAACAAACAUUGGCCGGUCACUUGGCCUCAGUCGUUCGACUGUUGCUACCAUUAUCAAAGAUAAAGAGCGCAUCGUUGAACAUAUGAAAGGAUCUGCUUCUAUGAAAGCGACAGUGAUAACCAAGCAGCGUAGUGGUCUAAUUAUUGAAAUGGAAAGGUUAUUGGUGCUUUGGUUGGAAGAUCGAAAUCAACGGCAUAUUCCAGUCAGCCUUAUGGUGAUUCAGGAGAAGGCGAAAAGAAUGUUUAAUGCGUUGAAAAAAGAAAAGGGGGAAGGAAGUGAAAGUGAAGAGUUUGUGGCUAGUAGGGCCAGCAAGGAGAGGCUAACUUUACUUCUUGGGGGAAAUGCUGCUGGCGACUUCAAACUGAAGCCCUUGCUGGUGUAUCAGGCUGAAAAUCCAAGGGCACUCAAUGGCAUUUGGAAGAGUCAACUACCAGUAAUUUGGAGGUCAAAUAAGAAGGCAUGGGUGACACUUGCGGUGUUUGAGGACUGGUUCGUAAACUAUUUUGUGCCAAGUGUGGAGCGGUAUUGCACAUCCAAGGGUAUCCCCUUUAAGGUGUUGUUAGUGCUGGACAAUCCCCCUGGACACCCUGCCCAGCUGGAAAACUUUAACCCUAAUGUCAAGAUGGUUUACCUUCCACCUAAUACCACAGCCCUUUUACAGCCUAUGGACCAAGGAGUGAUUGCUUCGUUCAAGGCCUACUACCUCCGAAGGACAAUUGCUAUGGCUUUACAGGGAACUGAAACCAAUAAGGACUUGACUCUGAAGGACUUUAGGAAAUCCUACGACACCCUUGAUGCUGUAAAGAACAUUGCUGAUUCCUGGGAGGAGGUUAAGCAAACAAACAUGAAUGGUGUUUGGAAAAAAAUGUGUCCUCAAUUUGUGAAUGAUUUUCAUGGGUUUGAGGACAGUUCAACAUGUUAA